UCAUGGCCUUUUUUGGAAGGUGUUGAGCCCUCCCCUAUAAGAAGGAAGCAAAGGCUUCAGCUCUCUCGGGUUUCGAGAUAGGAGAGAGGGGUGGUACCGUGGUAGUACAGACUAGAGAGUCGCAGAAGAGAAGGAUAAAGUGAAGAGACAAGGAGCAGAGGGGAGGUGGCCAUGGACGACUCGGCUGCGGCGGCGAAGCUGGACGAGAUCGCGGGAGGGGGAGUCGGCGGGGGAGACUGGGCGUACCUCGCGUCGGACGCGAUGGCCAACGCCUCCUUCCCAGCUUUUCCUUUCCCCAGGGACAUCCUCUCCACGCCGGCAUCUGCCUCGCUGCUCCUCUGCAUGGACCCCGCCGCGCUCUUCGACCUCCACGCGGCCUUCCCGUCCUCCUCCACCGCCACACCCACGCUGCCCUCCUUCCACGACUUCGCGUCCUCCAACCCCUUCGACGACGCCGCGCAGUUCCUAGGCGCUCCCCCGCCGCCAGCGCCGGCGCAGGCGGGACAGAAAGGUGAGUUCUUGGCGCCGCCGCCGGCCCCGGACUUCCUCGGUGGGAUGGGGUGGGACGACGACGACGACGAGAUGGAGCACAGCGUCGACGCGUCCUCCAUGGCCGUCUCGGCCUCGCUGGAGAAUGCCGCGGCCCCGGGGGCCCGGGUAGGUGGCGAAGGAGGAGGAGGCGGCGGCAACGGGAGAGGCAAGAAGAAGGGGAUGCCGGCCAAGAACCUCAUGGCGGAGCGGCGCCGCCGGAAGAAGCUGAAUGACCGCCUCUACAUGCUGCGCUCGGUGGUGCCCAAGAUCAGCAAGAUGGAUAGGGCUUCUAUCCUUGGUGAUGCAAUUGAGUACCUGAAGGAACUCCUACAAAGGAUCAAUGAUCUUCACAAUGAAAUUGAGUCUGCUCCUAGCUCCUCGCUUGUUGGACCAACAUCAGCUAGCUUCCAUCCAUCAACACCCACAUUGCAGACAUUUCCUGGCCACAUCAAGGAGGAACUUUGCCCAGCUUCAUUCCCUAGCCCUAGGGGACAACAAGCCACGGUUGAAGUCAGGAUGAGAGAAGGGCAUGCAGUCAAUAUCCACAUGUUCUGCGCGCGUAGGCCAGGCAUCCUGCUGUCCACAAUGACGGCUCUUGACAGCCUUGGUCUCGACAUCGAGCAGGCAGUCAUCAGCUGUUUCAAUGGGUUUGCAAUGGAUGUUUUCCGAGCUGAGCAAUGCGGGGAUGGCCCUGGACUUGUGCCUGAAGAAAUUAAGGCGGUACUGAUGCACUCUGCUGGUCUUCAGAAUGAAAUGUAGCUAGUCCGAAAACGGGAUCGACAGGAUGACCCUUCCCUAGCGAUUUGAUUAGGAAGUGGCAUACCUAUGCUGUUUAUCAGUUUCUGGGGCAAGUGAUGAGAUGAGGCUCGCCAUCUAUAUAGGGACAUGACUAAUUAGUGAUGAUGUAAUUGUGGAUUUUCUUUCGUGUACUGUCUAUUUUCUCUCUGAUUCUGUGGUGUUAUAGUAUCUUCGUUGUGUGUUGAACAAUCUGAUGAUGAGAUAUAUCAAGUUAUCAACUCA